GGCUGUGACGCUUUCAAGCCCACCAUGUAAACGAAAGUUUAUGCUUAGUUAUGCCCCUCAUCAAUUAUUAUUGAAACAUGUUUUGCAAGCACAAAGAUUGACUCUGUAAUAAGAGUUGGAACUAGUGGGAACAGUAAAUGAUUGGAAAACUGCUUCUCAUGCUAUUUCUAAGAAAUAUUCUUUCCUCAGUAAGAAAAAUGAUGUCAGCCAGUUCAACUGUAACAGAUACAAGUACUUUGUCUAAGGUACAUGUUAAACGUUUGCAGGGGAUAGAAGGUAUGCCAACAAAAUUCAAUGACGUGUUAUUUUAUCCACCCAAUGGUAAGGAGGAUGUGCAGGGAAGACUUGUGUUUUUUGGAGGAGACGUUCAGGAUUAUCCAGAGAAUAUGCAAGUUCACAGAGAUAACAAACAUUAUUUGAGGUGGAACCUGGAGAACACGGCAGCUUUCCUACAUGGACAGUUUCCCCAGUGGGAAGUGUACAUUGUAAAGCCUUGUCGCAUGCAGCUGAAGACGUUCAGCUGUUACGAUAACUUUGUAAAGGGUGACAAUGUUGGAAGCCCUCAAUAUUCUUUCAACACAGAAGGACUUCUUCACCUGAAGCUGCUACUAACUAAUGCAAUUCAAGCAGUUUAUGGUGGUCAAGGAUUUUGUUACAAAGAUAACAGCAUUGAUAGCAAGGGUUAUUCAAAUACUAAUAUUGAUCAGAGUGGUUGUGAAAUGACCUCAACCAAUAUUACAGAGCUUCCGAUCAUCCUAAUUGGAUUUAGUAAAGGAACAGUAGUACUCAACCAGUUAUUAUACAGUUUUUAUGUACUAGAUAAAACCUUAGAUAAUGACAUUUUCAGUCUUGUAAAACAGAUCAAAACUAUGUACUGGCUAGAUGGUGGACAUUCAGGGGGAUCAAACACAUGGAUCACUGAUAAGAAAAUUCUCUCAAACUUCGUUAAACUAGGAAUUGAGGCUAUUAUUCACGUAACCCCGUAUCAAAUUAAGUGUGCCCAAAGACCGUGGGUUGGCAAAGAAGAAAAAAUUUUCCAGGAAACUCUGAAAAGGUUAGGUGCAAAAAUAAGUAGAACAGUUCACUUUGAAACAGAAGAACGAUCAUUAAAAAAUCAUUUUCAAGUUCUGGAGCAGUUUACUACAUUCAGUUGUAAUAAAAUGUAACUGAUGAGUAUUUGGUAACUAGUAAAAUAUUAAGGUAAUUACUCUACAGUAACUACUGUGCUAUGAGUGUAAUAUUGUUACAGUGAAUUGUUUGUUUUUGUUUUGUCUGAAAUGAUGUCAAAGAUCAGGGAUGAAUUAGUAUUUAAUGUUGUCUUUCUAAACAUAUUUUUCUCAUAUUUGAGCCAAAUACAAUGUUUCUAAGGAAUUAUUAUUGUAACAGUUUAUUUACAUAACAUGUACAUAUAAAAUUAUAAACAUAUAUAAAGAAAUAUGUGCUGAGACAGAAUAGAACUUGCAAUUGUUUUUUUUUUAUUAUAUAUAUAUAUAUAUACUUUUAAAAAAAAAUGAUACAUACAAUUAAUUGUGUACACAUUAGAAAGUAGACGUUAAGUGCAUCAAGUUCAUAGGACUUGAAAAUUAAACAAAACCAAAAGCCAGAGAAUUAUUGGCAAUCCAAAGUUUUGUGUCUAGCUCUUACCAGGUAAGGUAAUAUAGCGUGACAGACAUUAAUGACAGAUGUAUCUUAACUUGUGUAUUUUGUGUUAGUAGAGAUGUCCAUUUUAGUAAUUAGUUAAAAUGGUGUGAUGCAACAGUCCACAGAACCUUGUUUAUAUGUUUCUUUCCUAAUGUAAACAAUACCUGAUCCUAUUAAAGGACUCCAUUAGAUGUAUUCGUUUGCAAAACAUCUCUAGUUUAAUGAUCCAGUGAAAAAAAAAUGUAAAGUACAUUUUGGUGUUUUUCAUUUUUAAUGAUAACUUAAUAAUAUAAUUAAUACUGCUUGUGUAAUGUGACAGUGUGCAAAAUUUGUGUGUUUCAAUAAGUGAAAAAUGUAUAAAUUACUAAGAUAUGGUACUAAAUAUUAUUUUGUUUUUUAAUGGAACUAAAUGUAUAUUACAUACAAGUAAGUUACAAGUAAUAUUUGGAAAAUAGACUUAGGUUAUUAUCCAGAUCAUCUGAAUCAAGCUUCUUUUCUUUUGUAAGUGUGUUUACUUGCCCACAUCUCUAGUAACAUAAUUAUAGAAAGGUUAUUCCCGGAAGGUCGGGUGGAUUAAUUUGUUCAUAUGUGUGUGUGUACGUGGUCCAGCUAUUCUUUUGAAGAAAUAAUACUUGUUUCCUCAAAAGUGGGCCAAAGGUUAUGUGGAGGGGUCACCUGUUUUAACCAUUUGCAUCACUAUACAGUAGUGUGUUGUCUGUCAGUCAGUCAGUAGACACUAAAAUAAUGUCACAUAAGGGAUACUUAAUGUUGCAGUGUGUACCUUCGUGAUGUCAGUAAAACGUACAAAUGCCAUGAAUCAUGAGAAGAAUUGUGCACUGAGUAGGCUACAACACAGCAUGACAUACGAAUUUCAAAAACAAUA